UCUAGUACACAUAGUGCAUUAUAUUCAAGCGUGCAACAGUGCAACAUUAAAAGAACGAAAAUUUUCUUUCACUAUACUGCCGUUGUCUGUCUACUGUGAUACAGCUACAGAGUGAAUUUAUACGAUAAUAUGGCUCUACCAGAGAAGCUAUUGCAAAACUAUAAAAAAUUUCAGGCACCAAAUAACAUCCCAGUCUGGCUGAAAGGUGGACAAUCGGAUAAAAUUCUAUUUGGAAUAACUGUUGCUGGAUGUGGACUCGGUGUAUUAGGCUAUUUGCAAAUGUUGUACACAAUGGGUUUUAAGAAGAAGAACCAAUAAAAAUUGUAACAAUUUCUAGACAAAAAUACAGACACAUUUACUGAGUAGA